AUGUAUCUCCAGAGAUCCCCGUCUGGUGCCGCUGUGGUGCCCAAUGUUAUUGGAGGCGAGGUUGUGUCUUUGCCCGAAUCCCAGAACUUCCCCGUCGUUCAAGGCUCGACCGGUGACACCAUCCACUACGCCCAGAGCGCGACCGUCGACGUCGGAAUCAACGCUGUCGAAACCGCGGCUGAGGCGUUCAAGACGUGGAGGAAGACUCCGCUCGCCCAGCGCCGGGCGAUAUUGGACAAGGUCGCCGACAUCCUGGACACCAAAGCGGAAGAGUUGGCAAAGAGGGAGAUCCCCGAGACCAGUUGUGACCCGCACUGGCCAGAGUUCGAGGUGACCUGGGCGUCGAAGUUUGUGAGAGAGACGUCGGCCCAUGUUUCGACCGUGUGCGGGAGCAUUCCCGACUCCGAGAUACCGGGAACGACGUCGUUGGUGUUUCGAGAACCCGUUGGCGUCGUCCUGACCAUCAUACCAUGGAACGCUCCAACUAUUCUAGCCUGCCGUGGUAUCGCGGCUGCCCUUGCCGCUGGCUGUACCGUGGUGUUCAAGGCGUCUGAACUGUGUCCGUGGACCCACCAGCUGGUGCUCGAGGUCUUCGCCGAAGCAGGACUACCAGCCGGAGCACUGAACAAGAUCCAGUGCUCCCGUGCUGACGGCCCUGCCGUCACCGAAGCCAUCAUCAGCCACCCGGCCCUGCGAAAGGUCGAAUUCAUCGGCAGUGCCGCGGUCGGGAGGAUUAUAGGGAGCGUGGCGGCCAAGCAUCUCAAGCCUGUCUUGAUGGAGCUGGGGGAUCAAAGCCCGACCAUUGUGCUGGAAGACGCCGAUUUGAAGGCUGCCGUGCAGAAUUGCCUGCAGGCAACGAUCGCCCACCACGGCCAGAUCUGUUUCGGCACCGAGCGAAUCAUCGUCCACGAGAAGGUGGCCCGGGAAUUCACCCAAUUGCUGGUUGAAGCCGCGAAAUCCGUACCCUCAGCUGGCCACGCCAUCACCGUGGAGGGAGCAAAACACGCCCACGACAUCCUCGAAGCGGCCGUGGCCGACGGCGCCAAGUUCCUCGUCGGCAGCGCCAAAUACACGGGGCGCACCUCACUUGAACCCUCGAUCUUGACGGGCGUGGAUCCCAAGUCUCGGCUCUCCCGCGAGGAGUCGUUCGCGCCGUCCGCGAGCUUGUACGUGGUCAAGAGCGACGAGGAGGCCCUGGCCCUGGCGAACGACACCCCCUACGGCCUGUCCGCCUCGGUCUUUACGAGGAACCACGCCAAAGGACUCGCCCUGGCCAGGGACUUGGAAUUCGGCCAGGUCCAGAUCAACUCCCACACCAUGUCCAUCAACGUCGCCGCGCCACAGACGGGGUUCAAGGGCAGCGGAUGGGGAAGCAACGGUGCCGCUUAUGGCAUUGGGGAGUUUCUGUUCAGCAAGCACGUUUCGCUCGCUCCGUGCACAUCCUACGUCCAGUGCUCCCGAUACUACCUCAACGACUAUCCAUCCAGCCUCGACAAGUACCAAUACCACAACAGCCGAUGGCACAUCAAGUAUCAGCACCUCUUCAAGGACGACCUUAUCAUCGAGCAGCAGAUCCAUUGCGUCGGCUGGGGGGUUGAGUUCUGGCGCCAGCCCUUCAUCGUCCUCUAUCUCUUCGUCUCCCCCCAGCAACCAUCUCGAUGUCUACUGGCCCAACGACAUCAAGCACUAGCAUCACGUCUACUUGAUUACCAGUCAGUCUACGUCGUCAUUGAGCACCUCGCUCUCGUAGCUUGA